AAUAUCGAUUCCCAAUCCCUCUGUCUCUCCCAAUUAAAAAACACCAACGCAGAGCGGAGGAAGGAGGGGGGUAGAAGCAGGGAAACCGCAUAGCCCCACGGCGAUGGAACACGCCGAUCGCUUCUCCGCGUGCGCGACUCUUCCGAUCUCCUCCGUCUCCAGGAAGUGAGGAGGAGACGACAGUGACCGAUACAAAGAGUUGAUAAUGUCUGUUGACGGAGAGGAUACAAGAUGGAUGUGCGGCACGUCUGGUAUGGUGAGCCUCCACCGGGUCAGUUCUAUCGUGAGAGAGAUUGGAGAACCGUGCCUGUAUCACUCGCCCGCUAAGAGAAACAAAAUGCUCAAGCCAGAAAAGUGGCAAGCAAUUUUUGACAACGAUGGGAAGGUUAUUGGUUUCCGCAAAGCACUUAAAUUGAUUAUCCUAGGGGGUGUAGAUCCAUCUAUAAGGGCAGAUGUCUGGGAAUUUCUCCUUGGUUGUUAUACUUUGAACAGCACUGCCGAAAAUAGGAAGCAACUAAGGACAGCGCGGAGGGAGCGGUAUGAGGAUUUAGUUAAGCAAUGUCAAAUUAUGCACUCUAGCAUUGGAACAGGCAACCUUGCUUAUGUUGUUGGAUCUAAAGUCAUGGAUGUAAGGACUCUAUCAAAAGAAAAUAGUGAUAAGAAACUAGAAACUACAAGCGAGAAGAACUCUGGUACAUCAACAGAGUUGGUCAGUGCCAGAAUGAGUACUGACAGUGCUGCCUAUAAUUAUUGCUCAAGAACCUCAGAGUGUGAAAUUAAUGAACUCCAGUAUGACAGUGAGAGCUUUUAUGACUUUCCUCCUCUUCCAGUAACUAAUUUAUUCCUUAAAGAUUAUGCUGAUGAGAAUGAAGGUUCAAUGCAUGAGGCAAAUGGGGAUAGAACUUCUAUUUCUGAAAGAACAACAAGGUUGAAAGAUCAACACGUGUAUAGUUUCCAGAUAAACAACAAUGUGGAUCUAAUUAUGGAAUCAGAUGUACCAUCUACGAGCAACAGACAAAGUGAUAACUUUCACUCAAAUAUUCCAAAAUAUGAAGGAGUAAAAGAAAUGGCAUAUGAAAAGGAUGUUGUUAAUAGCUUGCAGAUAUUAGACAUUCCAGAAGCACCUAUGACAGACAAGACACCUCCAAAUGGUUUGGUCACUAAUGAAGAUAGAGUUUCUGAGUGGCUAUGGACGCUUCAUCGAAUUGUUGUUGAUGUUGUGAGAACUGAUAAUCAUCUGGAAUUCUAUGGAGACACAAAGAAUAUUGCUAGAAUGUCAGAUAUUCUUGCUGUUUAUGCAUGGGUUGACCCAGCCACUGGAUAUUGCCAAGGAAUGAGUGAUUUGCUUUCUCCUUUUAUUGUGCUUUAUGAGGACAAUGCAGAUGCUUUUUGGUGCUUUGAGAUGCUUCUUCGACGAAUGCGGGAAAAUUUUCAGAUGGAGGGGCCUACUGGGGUCAUGAACCAGUUGCAGACAUUAUGGAAGGUUUUGGAACUAGUAGAUGCUGAAAUGUUUGGACAUCUUUCACUUAUAGGUGCUGAGAGUCUUCACUUUGCUUUCCGAAUGUUGCUGGUUCUUUUCCGUCGGGAAUUAUCCUUUGACGAAGCACUUCGAAUGUGGGAGAUGAUGUGGGCUGCUGAUUUUGAUGAAGCUCUUUGUGAGAAAUUAGAGAAAGCUUGCCUGGAACCAUUAGUUUUGAAACUUAGAAAUAAUGCUGGUGGAGAUGUGAGAUCAAAUAUCUCUGGAAAUAGUAAAAGAAAACAUAAGAAGAAACAUUCAAGAUCUAAAAAUGAUGAAUCUCUUUCACGGAACAUCAAUGGGGCAAAACCUAUUUCACUUGGUCCAUUUUGUGGUCUUCCUACUGCUAAUUGCUGGGCUGAAACUGAUCAGCUGCAACCUUGCAGUUUGUCUGUACUUACAAGAAAUAGUGAUGAUGAAUUACAGGUCUUUUGUGUUGCAGCAAUUCUUAUCAUCAAUCGGCAAAAGAUUAUGAGAGAAACCCACUCAAUCGAUGAUGUGAUCAAGAUAUUCAAUGAUAACAUGCUGAAAAUCCAUGUAAAACGAUGUAUACGCUUGGCUAUCAAACUAAGGAAGAAGUACUAUUACAAGUUGAUAAAGCAAACAAGCUCAGGGUGUUCGGAGUAGUGAAAAAGUAUAACCAAUGGAUGCAUCCUCCUGUGCUCUUCAUGCUCUUCUGGCAAUCUAUAGCUUUUUGCUAAUUUCAACUAGAAAGCAUUUGAUGUGCCUGGCAAAAAAGAAAAUUGUACAGAUUCUUCUUAUAUGAUCAAAUGCUUAGGAGCAUUAGCGUGGCUGAAGUGGACACACCUAUUCUUGUGACUAAGAAUGCAGAAUUAGCCAAAGCAUUACCAUCCAGCUGUUUUCUUCAUGAUACCAGUUGAUUACUGAUGAAUACUAGUAGAUAACAAUUACUUAUUUUUCACAUUAACCUGCCACUACAGAACCAAGUUGAGGAAGAUGCAAGUUAUACCUGAUUCAUGACCUUGCUAAACCCCCCCCCCCAAAAUAUGUACUGUUUUCUAGCAUCAAAUGGAUUUUUUUUUUUAAAAAAACUUCUAAUCGUUCAAUUCCUUCUUCCAAUUCCUGCUACUAUAAAUCAGAUAUGUUUUUUAGGGCCUAUUUGUACAUAAAUUCUACACUCA